CAUGCUAGAUAUUAUAUGAAGACCUGAUAGUCUUAACGGGUGGAGCUGUAUCAGCUUAAAUACAUGAAAUUAUGAUCCAGCUGUUAAACCUGUGUAUAUUCUUGAGUCUUACUGCCAAAUUAUCAAAUGCAGAUAUCUCUGUUAGUCUUGGAGUGAUAACUCUCAGUGGCUGGAAUGAUCUGACAUGCUGUGGCUUGGACCAGGCUAUACCACAGUGCGUUUUCUACGCUGAAUCAAGAAACAUUGGCCAUCGAAAUUCCUCUGAGCAUUGCUGUAAGCUCACUGUCAGUGGAGAAGAACUGUUACUGGGAAAAGCUGGCAAAGAGCUCCAAACGACAAUUAUCGUCCACUGUAAAAGCAAACCUGAAGACAAAAUGAGCCAAAAUUUCACCAUUACAGUGUGGAGGCUAUCUCUUUUUCACUUUGUUUUUCUGGUUCUGGGGACACUGAUUCUGCUCUCUUUGCUCAUCUUCAUCAUCGUAUUCAUAUGUAUUCUCUACAUGACCAAAAAACAAGGGUAUAGACAAAACCAAAGUGCAAAUUCUGUUGAAGUGCAGGCAGAAAAAACAGAGAUAGUAGAGGAUGAGCUAUUGUACGCCACAGUGAAUCAUUCAGGUGCUAGUGAAAAGUUUGCUGCAGUGAAGUAUGAAUCAGGAACUGACUACGCCACAGUGGUCAUACACUGAAUAACAACACAGGAUGAAAAAGUAUUUUUGAGGAUUUAAA